CUUUUUAGGCGAACGCGGAUGUUCCUCACAAGUGAUGGCUCCGGUUUUGGCUUUCGCUUCCUCUCCGGUCUCUUUCCCUGCGGUUCCCUUCUAUUCCUGCAGUCGUCGUCGGUUUCAGCGUGGAAUUUGCCCUAAAAUGGGGGGUUUCGCCUCGAUUUCGGUUUCGGCUUCUUUGCAUUCGCCUUCAAAUCUUGAAGUCGUGGUCACGAGAGAGCGCGGCAAAAACGGAAAGCUUAUUAAUGCUUUGGCAAGCCAUGGGAUCAACUGUUUGGAGCUUCCCCUUAUCCAGCAUACUAUGUUACCUGAUUCAGAAAAGCUGACAUCUGUAUUGAGUACAGGCACUUCAUUUGACUGGAUUAUCAUAACUUCACCUGAAGCUGGUGGAGUCUUCCUUGAUGCUUGGAGAGCUGCUGGAACACCAGCGGUCAGGAUUGGAGUAGUGGGAGCUGGUACAGCAAGUGUAUUUGAGGAAAUUCCAACAUCAUUGAAAGCCUGCCUUAAUGUGGCUUUUACACCAUCAAAAGCUACUGGCAAGGUUUUGGCAGCUGAGCUUCCUGAUUCUGGAAAUUCAAGGCACACUGUUUUGUACCCUGCAUCAGCAAAAGCUAGCAAUGAAAUUGAGGAAGGCCUAGCAAAGCGUUCAUUUGAGGUCACUAGGCUGAACACAUAUACGACAGAACCUGUUAAUCAUGUGGAUCAAAUGAUUUUAGAACAAGCACUGUUGGCACCUGUUAUUGCUGUUGCUUCGCCCUCUGCCAUUCGUGCCUGGGUAAGUUUGAUACCCGACUCACAGCAGUGGGAUAAUGCUGUUGCAUGCAUCGGGGAGACAACUGCUAUAGCUGCAAAAAAACUGGGGUUAAGGAAUGUGUACUUUCCCGAAAAUCCUGGUAUUGAAGGGUGGGUGAACAGCAUCGUAGAAGCCCUGCGAGUUCAAAAACAGUUGCAGAGAGUUUGAAAUAUGAUUAUCCAUCUUCUUCUUGGUUGUCAUUGACGCGUGACCCAUUGCAUCUGAGGCUUCUCUUCCUGCAGAUCAAUGGCUUUCUCACUCUACUAUUCACUUUACCAUAGUAUGGCUGAUAAGGGCUUUCAUUGCCAGGUAUAAUGCCGGCUCUUUUCGAUCUCUACACAGUUCUCGAAUUUAUUUAUUUAUUUUUUCUUGGAUUUACUUCCAAAGCUUUUAUGUACAUUGCUGCGUGGGAAGUAAAUAUAUAUAUAUAUAUAUUA